AUGAAUGAGAAUGAUCGAUCAAUGAAGAAGAAAGUAAGGAUUAGUACUUUGGAGUCAUUUUUUCAUAAGAAAAGUAAGAAUCAAGGGGGUUCUUCAUCAUCUCCGAUUGCACCAAUUCGAAGGGAUGAUGAGUCUCCUCCUCCAAAUGUUGUCCCUCCAACUAGGGAAAGAGUAGUCCAAUUUGAUAUAAAUUCUCUUCCACAUGAUCCGGGGUUAAGGAGAAGGAUUCUUGAUUAUCAUCCAUCUGACCAUGAAGCAAUUAGAAGAGAAUAUAUUCUGAAAGAACCCUUACAACCAUAUGAGCACGAUUUUUGUCAAAGAGAAGUUGGAGGUGCAAUGCGUCGGUUUAAUCCUGAAUGGUUUGAUACGUACAAGAAAUGGCUUGAAUAUAGUAUUGCAAAGGAUGCUGCCUUUUGUUUUGUAUGUUACUUAUUCAAGGAUAAUGUCGAUGUGCUUAAUGCUGCUAGCCAGGGUCAUGAUGCUUUUACCAACAAUGGGUUUAGAGGUUGGAAUAGACCAUCAGCUUUUCUCAAGCAUGUUGGCCAAGUUAACAGUGUUCACAAUAAGUGUUUGGAAAAGUAUGAAGCUACAAUUGAUCCAAAUACUUGCAUACAGAAUGUCAUUGAUCCAAAAACUCCACAAGCUAGAAAGGAAUAUCGAAUUCGUUUGACAGCUUCACUUCAUUGCUUGAGGUUUCUCUUAUUUCAAGGUUUAGCAAUUCGGGGUCACGAUGAGAGUGAGAAAUCCAGUAAUCAAGGAAAUUUUCGUGAACUUCUAAAGUGGUUUUCUCAAAGGAAAAAGAAGGUAGGAAAGACUCUUUUUAAAAAUGCACCAGGAAAUAAUCAGAUGACUUCCCCAUUGAUUCAGAAAGAUCUCAUUAAUGCUUGUUCAAGAGAAACAAUUAAGGGUAUUAUAGAAGAAUUGGGUGAUGACUAUUUUGGCAUAUUAGCAGAUGAAUCAAGGGAUGUUUCUUGUAAGGAACAAAUGGCAUUUUGUUUACGAUAUGUUACUAAAGGAGGUGUAGUAGUAGAACGGUUUAUUGGUGUUGUGCAUGUGAUGAACACUACUGCCAUGACUCUCAAGAAUGCCAUUUAUUCUAUACUUGCUGAAUAUUCACUAAGUCCUUCUAGAAUACGUGGUCAAGGCUACGACGGGGCUAGCAAUAUGAAGGGUUAUAUUCAUGGGCUCAAAACUUUGAUAAAGAAUGAGAGCCAAUCUGCAUAUUACAUUCAUUGUUUUGCACAUCAACUACAAUUGACACUUGUUGCUGUUUCAAAGAAAAAUUCUGAUUGUGGUUGGCUUUUUGAUAUUCUUUCCAUUAUUCUAAAUGUGGUUAGUGGUUCUUGCAAGAGACAAGAAAUUAUGAAGGAGGCUCAGGCUAAAAUAUUGGCAAAAGCAUUUGAAAAUGAGGAGCUUAAAACAGGAAAAGGUUUGAAUCAAGAGUUAGGUUUGGGGAGACCCGGUGAUACUCGGUGGGGUUCUCAUUAUAAAUUAUUGGUGAAUGUCAUUCUUUUGUACCCUUCUAUUCGUGAAGUACUUGACAUUAUUUUUGAUGAUCCACUACAUUUUGAUGAUCAUCCAAAAGCCGACCAUGUUGGUUUUGCUAUUGAGUCAUUUGACUUUAUGUUCAUGGUUCAUAUGAUGAAAACUAUAUUUGGGUUGGCUAAUCAACUAAACAUUGCUCUGCAAAAGAAAGACCAAGACAUUGUUAAUGCUAUAUCACUUGUGAAGCAGACAAAGGAAAGAUUACAACAAAUGAGAGAAGACGGAUGGGAAUCUCUUUUAAACUUAGUUACUUGUUUUUGUGACAAGAAUAAAAUUGGAGUUCCCAAAAUGGAGGAUGAAUAUCUACCUCGAGGGAAAAAGAAGCGCAACAAGGUAUAUACCACUAAUCUUCAUCAUUUUAGAGUUGAGGUUUUCUUUGCAAUUAUUGAUUUGCAAACUCAAGAACUUAAUAAUCGAUUUGAUGAGGUAAGUAUGGAGUUACUUUCUUGUAUGACUUGCUUGAAUCCUGUUGAUAACUUCUCUUCUUUUGAUAAGUUAAAGUUACUAAGACUUGUUGAAUUUUAUCCGAAUGACUUUACAAGUGUUGAAUCAUCGUAUCUUGAGGAUGAACUUGAUACUUUUAUUUAUGACAUGCGAAGAGAUGACAGAUUUCAUGGUUUGAAGGAUAUGGGUGAACUUUCUGUGAAGCUUUUUGAGACAAAGAAACAUGAAUCAUAUCGGCUAGUUUAUUUGCUUAUUAAGUUAGUGUUGAUUCUUCCGGUGGCUACGGUAACUGUAGAAAGAGCAUUUUCAGUGAUGAGUAUUGUAAAGAACAGGUUGCGAAACAGUAUAGGGGACCAGUUCUUGAACGAUUGCUUGGUUACUUAUAUAGAGAAAAAUGUCUUUUUGAAGAUAAAUGAUGAAAAUAUUCUCAAUCGGUUCCAAAGCAUGAGAAGUCGCCGAGAGCGGAUGUAA